AUGCUGUCGCACGAGGCCAAGAGUGAGGGCUUCUCCUCAGAGGCUCCCGUCAAGCACGAGUACAGCAACGAUGAGGUGGGCGCCGCCGAGGAAGGGGGUCUCUCCAAUCCAGACCAUGUCGACCUGCACCGUGCUCUCAAGGCGCGUCACAUUACGAUGAUUGCCAUCGGCGGUGCCAUUGGAACUGGAUUGAUUAUCGGGACUGGUGAUGCUCUUGCAAAGGCUGGUCCUGGCUCGAUUCUCAUCGCCUACGCGUGGGUGGGAUUCAUCGUCUAUCUGGUCAUGUGCGCGCUGGGAGAGAUGGCCGCGUGGCUUCCUCUACCUUCUGGUUUUACGGGUUAUGCGGUUCGAUUCUGUGAUCCUGCCCUCGGAUUUACGCUCGGUUGGACGUACGUACCCCACGAGAGGCGGAUCUCAAUGGCCUCUGGCUUGGAGGGCUUGCAUUUUGCUAACCUAGAAAUCUGGCGCAGGUACUGGUUCAAAUACAUCAUUUUAUCGCCCAAUCAACUGACCGCAGGCGCACUCGUCAUAUCCUACUGGUUACCGCAAGAAAAAGUCAAUGCAGGGGUCUGGAUCACGAUUCUCCUCGUCGCCAUCGUCUGCAUCAACUACUUUGGCGUGCGCUUCUUCGGUGAAUUUGAAUUCUGGCUCUCCUCCUUCAAAGUCAUUGUCAUUCUCGGCAUCAUUCUGCUGUCGUUCAUUCUGAUGUUGGGGGGUGGACCCGAUCACGAUCGCCGCGGAUUCCGCUACUGGAAGAGUCCCGGCGCCUUCAACACGUACAUCCUCGAGGGAGAUGCUGGACGGUUCUUGGCCUUCUGGUCCACCAUGGUCUCGGCGACCUUUGCCUUCCUGGGCACGGAAUUGGUCGGUGUGACGGUGGGAGAGGCGCAGAACCCGCGUAAAGCCAUCCCGCGCGCCAUCAAGUUGACUUUCUGGCGCAUCCUGGUCUUCUACAUCCUCUCGGUCCUCUUGGUCGGUACCCUGGUGCCCUACAACGACAAGAAGUUGCCCUACAACAACAAGAACUUCUCGCAAGCGACCAGCUCCGCCGCGGCGUCGCCUUUUGUCGUGGCCAUUGAGAAUUCGGGCAUCCCGGCCCUGGACCACAUCCUCAACGCGUGUAUCUUGCUCUUCGUCUUCUCCGCCGCCAACUCCGACCUCUACAUUGCCACCCGUACCAUCUACGGCCUCGCACGCGAGGGCAAGGCGCCCAGGAUCUUUGCCCGGACCGACCGCCGCGGUGUCCCCGUCUUCGCUCUGGCCAUUUGCUCCGCCAUCGCCCUCAUCGCCUACAUGAACGUCGCCAACGACUCGCGCGUCGUCUUCAAGUACUUUGUCAACCUGGUCACCAUUUUCGGUCUCCUGACCUGGGUGUCCAUCCUCGUCACGCACAUCUACUUCGUUCGUGCCCGACGAGCCCAGAACGUCCCGGACUCGGAUCUCGCCUACGUGGCUCCCUUUGGCAUCUGGGGCUCCUACGUGGCCCUGGCCUUUUGCAUUCUGAUCGUCUUCACCAAGAACUACGACGUCUUCACCCACAACAAGAAAUGGGGCAACUUUGACUACAAGAACUUCAUCACCGCCUAUCUGGGCAUCCCGCUCUACCUCAUCUUGAUCUUUGGCUACAAGCUCGCCACCAAGUGCAAGGGCGUCAAGCCCGAGGAGGCGGACCUCUGGACUGGUAAGGAGCAGAUUGACCGGGAAGAGGCGGCCUUCAUUGCGCGACACAACGAAGAGAUGGAGAAGCAUGCCGGAUCGCACUGGUUCUACCGCAAAUUCGUCUCGUGGUUGUUCUGA